GGAUAGAUGGAUGGACGGCUGGGAGACAUCCCGCCAUCCCGUUUGUGCUCUCCUCUCACGCGUCUUUCCUCCCUGCGUUUUUAAUUUUUUUAAAUAUAUAUAUAUAUUUUUCUCCUUCAAAAAUCUCCCUGGAAUUUUGAUUUGCGAGUUUUUUAUUUAUUUUUUUUUUAAUUUUUUUUUUUCUUCUCUCUCUCUCCUUCCUGCUUGAGGAUACGUUUUUCUUGCCAAGUUUGUAGUGACACCUCUCAGAUUCCCCCGCUCCCGUUUUUUUUUUUUUGGAUCUAUUACAGUGCCCGGUUGUUUAUAGAUGUACUGUAAUUUUUCUGCCUUUUUUUUGAAAUUUAUUUUUAAUUUUUUUUACAAGAAAAUGGGAAUUCUUUGGGAAGCUCAUGGAUGCUGAGGAGGACGAUCCUUAAAAAAAAUCUCCUUUUAAUCUGUAAAUGAGAUGUAUGAAGAAAUUCCUAAAUUCAGCCAUCAAUUUAGCUCCAUGUUAAGCACCUCGAAGUAUUUAUGAUUGCAGAGCAGGUGCAGACAAGGAUUAGGAAUAAGGAUAUAGACCUGCGGCUAACUGGAUUUGAUUUAUAAGAGGGGAUUCUGCAGUAAAUGGCUGCUCUCUUCAUAUUGCUGCUAUGGAAAACAGAAUUGUCAAUAGGAUGUAGCCUGAUAAAUAGUGCUGAGUGAAGAUGCAGCUUCAAUAAGUGUGAAAUCAAUGGAAGACACUUACCGCAUGAAAAGCCUUUUGAGAUUUUUCUGACAGGCGCCUAUUUAGGAAACUUGAUCUGUUUCCUCUGGGUCGCCCUGUUUUUACGCCAGUGGAUACAAAUCAGAUUGCUUCACUGUAGCUACACAACUGAUGUGGGACCAUGGCCUUUCCAAGACCCGUGUGGCUGAACCGCGUAUGGAGAGCAAUGGUGGUGCGCCUGCUACACAUGGGAUUGAACGCCACUUUUGCUUUCUCUCUACUUGGAUUUCUGCUCCACGCUGCAGCCGUGUCCUCCCAAAAAUUGGAUGAUACCAACCCAGUGGUGACCACCAACUUUGGCAAGAUAAGAGGGAUUAAGAAGGAACUUAAUAAUGAAAUUUUGGGGCCCGUCAUUCAGUUUCUCGGGGUUCCAUACGCUGCCCCCCCAACAGGGGAGCGCCGCUUUCAACCUCCUGAGCCUCCGUCUCCCUGGGCAGAUAUCAAAAACACCACCCAGUUUGCUCCAGUGUGUCCCCAGAACAUCAUAGAAGGCAGAUUGCCUGAAGUCAUGCUUCCCGUGUGGUUUACUAAUAACUUGGAUGUAGUUUCAACCUAUGUACAAGAUCAGAACGAAGACUGCCUCUAUUUAAAUAUCUAUGUCCCAACUGAGGAUGUCAAAAGAAUAUCCAAGGAAUGUGCCAGAAAACCCGGCAAGAAAAUUUGUAGAAAAGGAGGUCCCCUUACAAAGAAACAGACAGAUGAUUUAGGUGAUAAUGACGGUGCUGAAGAUGAAGACAUUCGGGACAGUGGGGGACCUAAGCCUGUGAUGGUGUAUAUUCACGGAGGGUCCUACAUGGAAGGCACUGGAAAUUUAUAUGAUGGCAGUGUUCUAGCAAGUUAUGGGAAUGUGAUAGUCAUCACAGUCAACUAUCGCCUUGGGGUACUUGGAUUUCUGAGCACUGGGGACCAAGCAGCAAAAGGAAACUAUGGCCUCCUUGAUCUAAUCCAAGCUUUGCGAUGGACUAGUGAAAACAUUGGGUUCUUUGGUGGUGACCCAUUAAGAAUAACUGUUUUUGGAUCUGGGGCAGGCGGUUCGUGCGUCAAUCUGUUGACUUUAUCCCAUUAUUCUGAAGGUAACCGUUGGAGCAAUUCAACCAAAGGACUUUUUCAAAGAGCAAUAGCUCAGAGUGGAACAGCUCUCUCCAGCUGGGCAGUUAGCUUUCAGCCUGCAAAAUAUGCCAGGAUGUUGGCUACAAAAGUUGGUUGCAACAUGUCAGACACUGUAGAACUGGUAGAAUGUCUACAGAAGAAGCCUUACAGAGAACUUGUCGACCAGGACAUUCAGCCAGCAAGAUACCACAUAGCCUUUGGACCAGUAAUCGACGGCGACGUGAUACCAGACGACCCUCAGAUCUUGAUGGAACAAGGAGAAUUCCUCAACUACGACAUCAUGCUGGGAGUUAACCAAGGGGAAGGGUUGAAGUUUGUUGAGAAUAUUGUGGAUAGCGAAGAUGGCAUAUCAGCCAGUGAUUUUGACUUUGCAGUCUCUAAUUUUGUCGAUAACCUGUACGGAUACCCCGAAGGCAAAGAUAUAUUGAGGGAAACUAUUAAAUUUAUGUACACAGACUGGGCAGACCGGCACAACCCUGAGACCAGAAGGAAAACACUGCUGGCUUUGUUUACUGAUCACCAGUGGGUUGCACCAGCAGUGGCCACAGCGGAUCUUCACUCGAAUUUUGGAUCGCCUACGUAUUUCUAUGCCUUCUACCAUCACUGCCAGACAGAUCAGGUACCUGCAUGGGCAGAUGCAGCCCAUGGAGAUGAGGUUCCUUACGUGCUAGGAAUCCCCAUGAUUGGUCCUACUGAGUUAUUUCCUUGUAAUUUCUCCAAAAAUGAUGUCAUGCUAAGCGCAGUGGUGAUGACGUACUGGACAAACUUUGCAAAAACUGGUGACCCAAAUCAACCAGUGCCGCAGGACACAAAAUUCAUCCACACGAAACCAAAUCGUUUUGAAGAAGUAGCAUGGACCAGAUAUUCUCAGAAAGACCAACUGUAUCUUCACAUUGGAUUAAAACCACGAGUUAAAGAACACUAUAGGGCCAAUAAAGUGAACCUUUGGUUGGAACUGGUACCUCAUCUGCACAAUCUUAACGACAUUUCACAGUAUACCUCUACCACAACUAAAGUGCCAUCGACUGAUAAUACUUUCAGACCCACAAGGAAAAAUUCUGUUUCAGUUACUUCAGCCUUUCCUACAGCCAAACAAGACGAUCCCAAACAACAACCGAGCCCAUUUUCAGUGGAUCAAAGGGACUACUCAACAGAAUUGAGCGUUACCAUCGCAGUUGGUGCAUCUUUGCUGUUCCUGAACAUUUUGGCCUUUGCAGCGUUGUACUACAAAAAGGACAAGCGGAGACAUGAUGUUCACAGGAGAUGUAGCCCACAACGUACCACUACCAAUGAUCUCACCCAUGCACAAGAAGAGGAGAUAAUGUCCCUCCAAAUGAAGCACACUGACUUGGAUCAUGAAUGUGAGUCCAUCCAUCCACAUGAGGUGGUUCUCCGGACCGCCUGUCCCCCAGACUACACGCUAGCUAUGAGAAGGUCUCCUGAUGAUAUCCCCUUAAUGACACCCAACACCAUCACAAUGAUCCCCAACACUAUACCAGGGAUUCAGCCCCUACACACAUUCAACACAUUUACUGGAGGACAGAACAAUACUCUGCCCCAUCCUCAUCCCCACCCUCAUUCACAUUCAACAACCAGGGUAUAGCCAGACAAGACGAAACAAACUUUAUUUUUUGAUGGAUUACAGUAGGUGAUAUUACUGAAGAUUACUUGGCUUUCAACCUACAAGACUCUUACUAUUUAAAUAUGGAGGAAUAUUAUGUGAAUAUACAUAUCAAGAACAUUUGGGGUUUUGAAAAAAAUGAAUUGUACAUAUAUCAAAUGAACUUAAGAAACAGACAAAACAAAAGGAAAAAAAAGAAACAAAAACAAAAAACCCAACUGUUUGCAAUUGCUUGAAGCAGUUGUCCUGAAUGAUACUUUUUCAUUCACAUUCAAGUGUUAAUUUUUUGAAGAUUUAAGUUACAUAAUGGAGUUAGGCAUGUGCAACACAAACAGGAAAGAACUAUGACUGAAAAUUUUAAAAACCUAUAAAUAUGCACAAGGGACACACAAAUGGAAUGUCAGAUAAUUUUCACCAAUUUUUAUUUGGACCUGUUUUCUUGUGUAGACCAUAUUUACAUAUUUGAAUAAGUACACAAAGCACCAAUGCUGUUAAGGCCUUAGAAAGGGGCUCAUGCUGAAAUCUGCCAGUCAGAGAAGUUUUACAGCCCUGGCAGGUACAACAUUAUCACAUAAGUGCUGUCAGUAUAAAAGUUGUGGGAAUAAAGGAAACUGGAUCUUUUUAGCACGACGUGCAUGAUAAUUUAUAUGCUUGGUGGCUGUGCUGCUGAUUAAGCCGUAAUUAAAAUUCUUCUCAUCCCACUGGAGUUUUUAAUAGAAGCUUUCUCCAUCAAUUGGCACAACCUAAAGAAGUUUUUUUAAAGGGGCAAAAGUAAUUACAGUAAAAUAUUUCAUGGUAGCUUCCAAAACAAGGGAUUGCAACAGUUCCUAAAGGUAUUUAUGGCAUUCUAGGUAUACAGUGGUGGACCCUCACUGAUAUGAAUCCCAGACAAAAAAAAAAAAAAAUGUAUACUAUUAAUGUUCUUUUUCCUUCCCACCAAAAUAAUUUCGAACUUUCAAAUAACUAUAACUUUAAUGGAAUCUCCUUUGAUGAAGGAUUUAUAAUUUGCUGUGAUUUAGUUACAGAGUAUUUUGUUCAAAUUGAUAAGGUAAAGUGUGUCCUAAAAUUUAAUUGCAAUGACAUUUUGCCAUUCAAAAAUGCCCCAAUAUUACCGCUCUGAUUACACCUUUCAGUUUAUUGUUUCAACUCAUGUUGCAUGUUACAAUGUUUACUUAUACUAUCUUAAUAUAAUGUUAAUUCCCUUUUUGCUAUACAUUAGCUUUGUCAUUCCAAUCAAUUCUCUAGACCAGAUGGCAAGAGUGCAGUAAAAGAGGGUAUAUGAGAACGGGGAGAGAGUGAACAACUGGAAAUUUAAAAAUCAGGAUACUACAUAUGUUUGUGUGAUUUGCUGUGAAUGUUCUAAAAUCACAAGAAAUUUUUCAUUCCCCUGUUGCUUCCCAGUAAUUCUAUACGACGGUCCUUUCAAAACAUUUGUAUAUGUAAUCAGAUGUACAUUUAUAUAAAAGAAAUAAUUGAGAUGGACUUAAGAGCACAUCCCUGAUAAAUACUUUCUCUCUUACCUGUACUAUAUUUCUAUUAGACUAAAGUUAUGUGAUUUUUUUUUACAUUUUUUCAAAUUACUAGCAAUUUUGAUAGUUUGUAAGAUAAUGCGAAGAACUUUCUCUGACAAACUAACUGCAGUAACAGAAACAUUUCUUUUCAGUUACUCUUUUUCAAGAAUGAAAGCUUAUUACACACAAAAAUUGUAUACUACUUGAUGGAAAAUUACUUUGUAUUUCUUGGCCAUAUUACUGGUCACUGAGUGAAAUAAAGAUAAUCUGGAUAACGAA